AUGGCGUCGUUCACUGCUCCGACUCAUUCCUGCCAUCUCAUCUCGUCGCAGGCCACGCGCCGCCGCCGUCCCUCUGCAAACGCCGUCGUUUCACCCGCUUCUUCGGUUUUCAGAUGUAAUCUCCCACCCCCUGCCACCGCUUUCUCCUCCCAAAACCCUAAUACCUCCAAAUUUCCCACAUUUCCUCUCAAAUCCGCAAUUUCUCUCAAAUCUAUCGCCGCCUCCGCCGCCUCGUGCAUUCUUUUCCACGUUUCCAAACCUGCAUUCUCCGGCAUAAACUCUAUCUUUGGCUCUACCGGCGGCGGAGGAGGGGGCGGCGGUGGUGGAGGAGGCGGCGGCGGUGGAGGAGGAAGUAAUGGUGGGGAGGGCGGUGGUGGGUUCUUUCGGUUCUUCUCGGCGGAGGCUGUUGCAAAGGACGAAGACCCUCAACAAGACUGGGAUUCCCAUGGACUUCCCGCCAACAGAGUUGUUCAGCUGCGCAGACUCAGCGGUUUCAAGAAGUAUAAGGUUUCGGAUAUCCUAUUCCUGGAUAGCCGGGGGGGCUCGACUGUAGGUACUGAAGAUCCUUUCUUCGAGAUGGUGUCCCUUCAACCGGGAGGAAUCUACACCAAAGCACAGCUCCAGAAAGAGGUAGAAUCCCUAGCAACUUGCGGAAUGUUUGAACAAGUUGAUCUAGAAGCAAAGACGAAUCCAGAUGGCACCAUCAGUAUAACCAUUCCAUUCCGCGAGUCCACUUGGAAAGGGGCCAAUAGAUUCAGGUGUGUUAACGUUGGGCUCAUGCCACAGCCCAAGCCUAUUGAGAUGGACCCUGAUAUGACUGAGAGGGAGCAAAUGGAUUUUAUGAUGGACCAGCAGAACGAGUACUUGAAUAGGAUUGAGAAGGCAAGGCCUUGUUUGCUUCCAAUGUCUGUGCAAAAUGAGGUACAACAGAUGUUGAUGAAUGAUUUCAAGUUGAGCGCGAGAUUGUUGCAGAAGAUAAGGGAUAAGGUUCAGCAGUGGUAUCAAGAAAACGGGUAUGCCUGUGCACAAGUUGUGAAUUUCGGGAAUUUGAAUACGAAUGAGGUGGUAUGUGAAGUGGUGGAAGGUGAUAUCACGCAGCUAGUGGUUCAGUUCCAUGAUAAGCUUGGGAAUGUUUGCGAGGGGAAUACUCAGUUCCCUGUGAUAAAGAGAGAAUUGCCCAAGCAGCUUCGCCAAGGACGAGUUUUCAAUAUGGAUGAUGGGAGGAAAGCACUAAGGAAUUUAAAUUCUUUAGCUCUCUUCUCGAACAUUGAGGUAAACCCUCGCCAAGAUGAGCAGAAUGAGGGAGGCAUUAUUGUUGAAGUCAAGCUUAAAGAAUUGGAGCAGAAGUCUGCUGAAGUUAACACAGAUUGGAGUAUCGUUCCAGGCCGAGGAGGCCGUCCAACACUGGCUUCUAUCCAACCAGGUGGGACUGUUUCUUUUGAGCAUCGUAAUAUUAACGGUUUGAAUAGGUCACUUCAUGGUUCAGUGACUACUAGCAACUUCCUUAACCCACAGGAUGACCUUUCUUUCAAGAUGGAAUAUGUCCAUCCGUACCUAGAUGGAGUACACAAUCCUCGCAACCGUACUUUUCGUGUUAGCUGCUUUAAUAGUAGAAAGCUGAGCCCAGUCUUCACUGGUGGACCUGGAAUAGAAGAAGUUCCUCCUAUAUGGGUUGAUCGAGCCGGAGUUAAAGCCAACAUUAUGGAGAAUUUCACGCGUCAAAGCAAAUUUACGUAUGGAGUUGUGAUGGAGGAGAUAACAACACGUGAUGAGACCAGCCACAUCUCUGCAAAUGGUCAAAGGGUGUUACCAAGUGGUGGAGUGAGUGCAGAUGGACCUCCCACAACACUCAGUGGGACCGGGGUUGACCAAAUGGCAUUUGUGCAGGCUAAUAUCACUCGUGACAACACCAAAUUUGUAAAUGGGGCUAUUGUUGGUGAGAGAAAUGUGUUCCAGCUUGACCAAGGGCUUGGAAUUGGCAGCAAAUUUCCGAUCUUUAACCGUCAUCAGUUAUCAUUAACCCGGUUUGUACAACUGAAGCAAGUAGAAGAAGGCGCUGGAAAGCCACCACCACCAGUUUUGGUCCUCCAUGGCCAUUAUGGUGGCUGUGUUGGUGAUCUUCCCAGUUAUGAUGCAUUUACGUUGGGGGGACCUUAUUCGGUGCGAGGUUAUAACAUGGGAGAAUUGGGAGCUGCAAGAAAUAUACUUGAGGUGGCUGCUGAGCUUCGGAUACCCGUGAAAAGCACCCACACGUAUAUCUUUGCCGAGCAUGGAAAUGAUUUGGGGAGUUCAAAAGAUGUCAAAGGAAACCCGACUCAGGUGUACAGAAGAAUGGGCCACGGCUCGUCUUAUGGUGUGGGAGUCAAGUUAGGGUUAGUGAGAGCUGAGUAUGCAGUUGAUCAUAACUCGAGGACUGGCACUAUGUUCUUCAGGUUUGGGGAGAGAUUCUAA